AGCUAGUCUCGUGAGGGGAGUAGGGUUAGUCGUCUGCUUUUGCUGUCGUCUGCUCCCGCUAACACAAUAACACAACAAGCUUAACAUCUUAACAUCAGCAAAUAUGUUAGUGAAACAAAAUGCCAGAGGCCCAUCAUACUCCUGAUGAGUGUAUUCUUUAGGGAUUUUAUUACCCUCCCAUUUUAUUAUAUGUGGCAAGGAAACUAUGCUUUCUCUCCCAGCCAUUGACUGCUUCACAUUACUUAUUUCUGUACUAUUCAGUGUAAAGUCGUCACAAUCAGGGCGACAUGGAGAGCAAACCUAUGGCCUGUUCUGCAGAGAGUCAUGGUAUUGACAUCCUAAAUUUUUGCAAUAAUGAAGAAGUGUCACAUUCUAUUGUGGUUGUUGAAGGCAAUGUGAAAUCUUGUGGUAACAAUUGUCAAUCAAGGACUGUGACUGUGGACCGUUUCAGUAGGUCAUGGUGUGCUCCCAAUACAACAAUUCACUAUGUUUCAAAAACCUGUUAUUUCAAAUUCAUUUUAAGAUUAGAGAAAGGUGUUAAUACAUUCUCAAUCAAAUACUGUUCAUUUUUAACAGAAUUCACUCUGGUGUUUAAGCCUAGAAACACCUCUUUCUGCGUGCUACCACUUUAUGUUAUAUGUAAAGGCCAUGACGGACGUUUUCAGGCCCCUGAAUACGAAGACAAUUCAAUUGACAGUGCCUGUGACAGGAUAGAUGUAGGAAUUCGACUUGUGCAGUCUUUAUUUGCAGAAAAACUGAAACAGGGUGGAUUUGGCCGAUGUACCUUCCAACUGCAGUCGGAUACAAACCCUAAGGUUCCUGAUGUAAAUGUAUUCUAUAGUAAUAUUUCAGUUGAUGAUGCUCACUCGAAGCCAAUGAAGGACUUGUGGGCGUCUCUUGCCAGAGAGAUAAUGAGCUCUCAGUUGGGAAAUGAGAAGCACAAGUUUGUCGCAUUUCUGUCUUCAACUUUCUACAACGGACAAUCAGUCACGGGUAGUCGACCUUCUCAUGACGACAUUCUCAAAUGCACUGAUGGUUAUGUGGCCAUGGGUGGAGGGGGCCUAGCAUUGAUUGGUACUGGGUGCUUACAUACCUGGGCAACUACAGUAGAUGAAGUAGAACCACGGCUUAUAAAUAACACCAAAGUUGACAAAACCCUGUUUAUGGAUGACAGCAAUUAUCGAGGAACUUAUGGAGGCUGCUAUGCUUCUACUCUUGGUGCUACUUGUCAUGAGAUGGGUCAUAUUUUUGGUCUUGGCCAUACAAUUCAUGGCAUUAUGGGUACAGAAUACCACUUCAUUCAUCAAAUGUUCCUAACUGCCGAAAAUGAAGGCAUGACUAAUACACAGCUUAUAGGAGUAGAAGAUCCAAGCAAACCAAGUAACAUACAUGCUACACAGCUAGUAAAAGAACUGAAAGUUGACUGGAGUGUUUCUGACCACAAACCACUACUCCGUCGUAAGGUCUUAGCUUUACGUUCACCUUCAAAUGACCCACUUCAGGCAGCAGCUUUCAAUUUAAACACCAUGCAGUCCAAGAACCUUCACCCCAACAACACAGCUAAUUUUCAAUUUCUUCAUGAAGUCUGCAUACCUGAGCCAACUUUUGACAGCCAAGAUAAUGCAUCAUUUUGGCCUCAAAGCUGUUUGGCACUUUUAGCUUACGACAAGUGGAUAAACCCAAAUGCAAAUGAGGAAAACAUCAGUGGCAUCUCAUGUGACAGAUCCAGAUGCAUAUUUUCAACGCAUGGUUUGCGGGUAGUGGAUCUGAGAGCCGAAAAUGCCAAGUCAAUUCUCCACUGGAGAUUCAAUCAAAACAGUGGAGUCCCAAAAUUUUGCAUACCAGAACACUUUAUGUAUCCAAAUGUAAGUUCUGUUUUCACAAUAGAUUCAGUUGGGAAUGUGUUAAAAUUUAACAUCAAAUCAGGUGUUUUGUCAGAAGUGUAAUGCUCAAGGCCAAUUUCAUCUCAUGA